UCUUCCUUGCUUUGACUGCGGACGGGACGCAGCAAGCCCAGUACCCACAGUUGGCGCCCAACGUGGUUUUUGCUCCCGCCCGUAGGAAUAGCACGGUGGACGUAGGUCCAGUCCCUCGUCUUGUUCGUUGAGUCUCCGGGUAGCGCACUCUGGUGCGUGUUGUUUUGUGGCGCGUUUUUUUUUUCUCUUCAGGGCGCAGGCAGACGGAAAGCACCUCCGGUCCGGGACGAUCAUGCCGACCGGCGGCAAGCAGGAUUCUUCGCACGAGCAGGCUGACCAGCUGCUGGCACAGCAGAUGAACACAUUUCAGCGUGUCGCUGAGUUGUGCAACACGGUCAUGGACCGCAUCGGCACUCGGGCCGGCGAACCACAGCUCCUACCUCCGGCCACGCUACCCACGUACACGGGUUACGACGACCCGAAAUCGGUGGCUGACUUCCUAGAGGAAAUGGACAGGUAUGUCAGAGCGACCGGUGCCUCGGAAGCGCACGUGAUGGCUCGAAUCCUGCCGUUGGCUUUACGGGAUGCCGCAGGACGGUGGUGGAGGCUACAAACGCCUUUCACCACUUGGGCAGAAUUUGAACAGCGCUUCCGAGAGGAAUUUCUGCCCCCUGGGUACGAGCUGCGAGUCCAGCGUGAGCUCGAACUAAGAACCCAGCAUCCGGACGAAAGUUUGCUCGAGUACGUCCGGACGAUGCAGGAACUGCAUCGCCGAGCAGCACCGACUGCCUCGGAAAGGGACCAAGUAGCUCGGGUCAUUCGGCAGAGUCAUCCCAGAUUCAGGCCAUUUCUUUAUGGGCGCACAUUCGAAACCCUUGAGCACCUCGCACGGGAGGCCCGCGGUGUACAAGACGCCCUGUUAGCUGAGAGCACUUACGUGCCACCGCCAGCGCCGCAAUCUGCUCUUGAGCCGUCACUGGCUUGGCGCGCCCCCGUAGCCAGUCCCUCAUGCGACCUGACGAGCCCAAACGCAUUCACGGCUAUCUCCUCCCGCGCCCUGGACCCCUUCGCACAUGAGCAAGGGCGGCGCGGGGCCCCUUUGAAAACCGUAUCAGGGGUAAGCUGUCCCUGGGAGCAAGUGUCCGUGGAGCAGCGUCAUAGUGCAGAGCGCUCGCUCCUUACUCGAGCCAUACAAGAGCAUAGUCGGUCGGACCCCCAGUCCCGAUACGCCGGGUUCACAAGUCCUGCGCGAGCCGACUGCGACAGGCGCUCCUGUUAUGGGUACUCCGGGAGCCACUCCGCCGAAAGGCGUGAUUUCAGUGAUAGGUUAACUGGCCAACGCAGACAUACGCAUGUCGUAUGCUACCAGUGCGGUCAAACUGGUCAUGUGAGGCGGCAAUGCUUUGCGCGCCGUAGCGCGAAUGCAGGUUCGAGAAACUGCUUCGGCCGGCGACACUAA